AUGAACCUUUAUAAUCAAGACAUUGGCAUGUUUGAGAUGCCAUGUUGUGAGGAACCGGUGCAAGAGAAUUUGUCCCAGAAACCAUAUCCAGUGAUAACACCAUUCUCGUUGAGGAAAGGAGAAUUGAUCUCUUGGGAAUACAAAAUCCAGGCAGAGUUGUAUAGAGUUAAAAAGGCGUUUGAUAAAGCGGAACCAUUAUAUUUGGAGGCCAUUAAUAUACUUGAGGAGUCAUUUGGAUUGGAUGACAUACGUGUUGGGGCUGCCCUUCACAACCUAGGUCAAUUCUAUCUUGUACAGCGGAAAUUGGAAGAAGCUCGUAAUUGCUAUCAGCGUGCUCUAAAGAUAAAAAGGCAUGUUCUGGGGGAGGGCCACACAGACUAUGCAGAUACAAUGUUUCAUCUGGGAACGGUAGUACUGUAGAUUUUCUGUCAUUUUAAUUUUCCACAACAAUGUUCGUUUGAUUUUUCCAUGCC